UAAGUUCUCAGAGGUGACCCGCGACGCACGUUGCCAAUCUCGCACGGAUUCCCGCCACGAUCUGUCAUGCCUGUAUUCGCGCACAACUAAGCCGCACAAUGGACCAAACGUCGCAGCUAGGCCGGGCUAAUGGCGAUUUGUCUAUGCAAACACACGAACCAUUAAACGUAGUGGAUGGCACUACGAAAACCGAAAGAGGAAUCAUUCUAUCAAAGCCGUUAGUUCUAUUUAUAUUCGUAAUAUUCGUACUGACUUUGGUGACGUCAUCGCUUUUGGUGUACAAUUUCGCUGCCUGCCCUAAAACUGAUCAGCUGGCUAAUGUCACAAAAUACGAACUCUGUAGAGUUGCGGAAGCUAAACUGUCCCUUAAUGAAACUAACAAAGAUAUACCUAAAGACAGGAAUAUAGAGGUUAACGAUAAGAAAUCAGCAACAGAAAGAAAUAUAGCUAUAAGUAAGAAUGAAAUAGAGAAAGUCAAAGAUGCAGAAGGUAAAGACGUCAUGAACGAUACAAAUUUGGAGACACCUAAAGAAUUUCGUUUACCUCAAAACGUGAAGCCGGAGAAUUAUUAUCUAAACAUUACUCCAUUCUUCUUAGAGAAUAAUUUCACGUUUCAAGGCGAAGUUACUAUAUUGUUAACGGUUUUUAAUGAGACUAAUGAGAUUAUCUUCCAUGGAGUCGAUUUAGUGUUUAGAGAUCUGAAGUUGCUGACAGAGAAAGAUAGAAGAAUAAUAGACAUCCUGAAAACAGAGGAAGAUAAAUUAAGGCAGUUUCAUACAGUGACCGUUCGAGAUAAAUUAGAGGUUGGAAUGCAGUAUCUAUUGAUAAUAAGCUACUCAGGAAUUCUUAACGAUGAUCUCCAUGGUUUCUAUAGGAGUUCUUAUGAAGACGGAGGCGUUAGAAAGUGGAUAGCUGUGACGCAGUUCCAAGCUAUGGACGCCCGGAGAGCGUUCCCUUGCUGGGACGAGCCGGCCAUGAAGGCACGGUUCACUAUUACCAUCGGAAGACCAGCCAAUAUGACUUCCUUGUCCAACAUGAAUAGUAUUAAGCAGUCUCCACAUGACAGGGUCGAAGGCUACAUUAAUGAUUUUUACGAAGAAUCAUUGCCGAUGUCGACGUAUCUCGUCGCGUUUGCCGUCACAGAUUUCAGUAGUAAAUCGAAGGACACGUUCUCGGUGUGGGCGCGAGAUAAAGUCUUACCGGCUGCUUCUUUCGCCCUCGAAAUCGGCUCGAAGAUACUGAAGUUUCUAGAGAAUUAUUACGAUAUAAAAUUUCCUUUACCGAAGAUCGAUAUGAUUGCUUUACCGGACUUCAAGAACGGUGCUAUGGAGAACUGGGGACUCUUGACUUUCAGGGAAAUAGCCAUGCUUUACCAGCAAGGUGUGUCAGCUACGAUGGACAAGGUGCAUGUUGCCACCGUGGUCGCUCACGAGAUCGCCCAUCAGUGGUUCGGGAACCUCGUGACGCCUUCCUGGUGGCGAGACCUUUGGCUCAACGAGGGUUUCGCUACGUACGUCGAAUACGUUGCUGUCGAUGCUGUUGAGAAAUCGUGGAAUCUGACCGAGUUGUGUAUUUUGGACCAAGUCCACAACGUCUUCCAAUUGGACGCGCUGAACUCUUCGCAUCAGCUCUCCGUCGACGUCACGGCUUCCGAAGAGACCGACGCUAUAUUUGACAAAAUAUCAUAUGGAAAAGGUGCCGCUCUGCUCCGGAUGCUGAACCACAUUCUCACUGAUGAUAUCUUCAACGCGGGCGUCACUAACUACCUGAAAUCGAAGAUGUAUGGGAACGCGGAGCAGAAGGACCUCUGGGCUGCGCUGACUGCGGUCGCCACGCAAAGGAACCUCAAAAUCGAUGUUGCGGUCGUCAUGGACUCGUGGACUUUGCAGACUGGAUUCCCGGUGCUCACCGUCAAUAGAGAUUACGGAAACCAACAAAUCAAAUUUAGUCAGGAAAGGUUCGUACUGAUCAAUGAAACAUCAUCAUCUCAACAAGCGCCCCUGUGGUGGAUACCUGUGUCUUACACAACAGCUUCCGAGCAAGAUUUCCGGUCGACCAGACCAAAGUUCUGGCUUGAGGGAGUGCAGAGUGUCGUCAAAGACUUCCCUGUCAAGAACGAGGACUGGUUAAUUGUUAAUAUUCAAGAAACAGGUUUCUACCGCGUGAACUACGACACCCGUAACUGGCAACUCCUGACCGCGGUACUCAACGACAAGAAUCGUUUUCAAGAAAUCCACGUCAUCAAUCGAGCCCAGAUAGUUGAUGACGCUAUGAACCUUGCUCUGACCGGUCGUUUGGACUACAAGACGGCCUUGGACGUGGUCAGCUACCUCGCCCAUGAACGCAGCUACGUACCAUGGAAGACUGGUCUUUCUGCCCUUGGCUAUAUUGACACCAUGCUGUCAAAUGGAGAGCAUUAUGUGGAAUACGGGAUAUACGUUGAUCGGCUGCUGCAAGGGGCUAUUAGAGAUGUCGGAUGGGACAUUCGAGAAGACGAGAGUGUUAUAACGGCCCAGCACAGAGUGGAUCUCUGGGCAUCGGCAUGCCAUUUCGAGAAUCCAGAUUGCAUACAGAACGCUAUUAUAUCAUUCAAGAACUGGAGCACUUCCCCUGACCCUGACCGCUUCAAUGAUAUACCGGUGGACGUGCGCGGGAUAGUGUACUGCAUGGCGCUGCGGCUGGGCGGCGUCAGCGAGUGGCAGUUCGCGCUGGACCGCCUCCCCGCCGCCGCGCCCGCCGAGCGACACCGCCUGCUCUCCGUGCUCGGCUGCACCAGGACCCCGCACCUACUGCGCAGGUACUUGGACAUGUCGUUGCGGAACGACAGUGGCAUACGGAAGCAGGACGUGGUGCGGGUCUUCUCUGCUGUCUCCAACACUGCCAUAGGACAGCCCAUAUCCUUCAGCUUCAUCAGAGAGAACUGGCAGAAUAUCAGAACGUAUUUCGGGUCAAUAUCCACUUUAAACCACAUCGUGAAGGUCGUGACUCGCCGCCUGAAUCUACAGCAUGAAUAUGAAGAGCUGAAGAGGUUCGUCUCGGAGUCUUGUAGCGACCUGGGACGUCCAGUGCGGCAGGUCCUGGAGACAGUACACGCGAACGUUCAGUGGAGAAAAAGAAAUUAUCAAACCAUUGUAGAUUGGCUGCAAGAAGUUAAUAAAAAAUACAAGGUUUAGAUUAAGCUUACGAUGUUCCGGGAUUACAUGGGCGAAAUCAUCGGAUAUCCGAAAAAUAUCCGAGUGAGAAUUUAAAAUAAUUUUUAAUGACAUUCCGAAUCCUAAGUGCUAACAUUUAAUAAUGAGGAUUUCCUUGAUGAAGUGUAAUAUGCAAAUCAUUAUGAAAUAACUAUUACACGCUUGUAUCUCGACGGCUGUAUCACAAAAUGUUUGAAAAAACAAGCCUGCGAUAAAUAGCGUAAAAUUACGAAAUUUAAAAUAAUAGAAUCUACCUCAUUGAUAAUAGAAGCCUAGUAGAAUAAAUAUAAGGUAUCAUUUUAUUGGGGUCAAUGACCAAGACGCAAACCACAAUGAAAUAGGAGUCCACUCCAAACGGGGACCGCUUGUAAUGCUUGGAGAAAAAAAUCGACAUACAAGUAAGCAGUUAUAAUAUGAAAGUCAUUGGGCAGAACAUAAAUAUAUACUAUAUAUAUAUUACUCGAAUGUAUAACAAUUAAUAUUUGUAUUAAUUUUCUUGCCGAGAUUUUCAUGAACUUCAAAAUUCUCGUCUCCCAUAAACAGAUCUACUUAAAGUUUGGAGACAUCAGAAAUACGGAGAUGAAUUUACUAGUUGCAAAAAAUCGUCUAAAAUAAUCAUAUCGAUUCGUUUGUAAGGUUUUAUUACCUUUUGUUUGGAGGUUCCGAUACUAGAAUACGGUUUUUAGAUUAAUUAUUUAAAGAAAUUUAUAUAAAGCAUUUUAUUUUUUAUCUUUUUAUUUAUUGCAUAGAUGGGUGGACGGGCUCACAGCCCACCUGGUGU